GGAGAAUUGUAUAUCGAUUUACGCAUUUGUCAUAGACUCACCAAGAAACUUACACUUAGAAGAGAAAGUUUUGCAGACGUUAAUAGUAAAGUGCAUUAAAAAUAUAAGUAAUAUUUCUCAGAUUAUAAUCUGCGACUUAUAUUAUCGUUUUCCCACAAUUUCGGGGAAGAUGUUCAAUCCAUCAUUAAAGUUCCAAGGACUCAAAGAUAAAAGAAGAAGUAAAAUAUGGCAGCUAUUUCGCGCUACGGAUUUUGCAUCGUUGAUGUAUCCCUGCUUCACUGUUUGCCGCAUUCUGGGAAUUUUUUCAUACAAGUUCAACGCUGCGAACAUCAAGACUUACAAACCAAGCUAUGUUGUAUCAAUUAUCAGUAUAUCCGUUUUUAGCAUUGUCUAUUCAAUAAUUCUCUAUAAAUUCAACUUUGAAGAUAAGCGAUUCGAAAAUGUAGGGGCACCCUUGAUACUUGAGGUUAACUCCUAUUUCAUUUUCGGUGGCGUUAUUGUAAUCGCUACAUUCAUUUUGAAUGAACCACGAAUGCGUUGUCUUCAAACUAUACUGGAGCUCUCGUUGAAAUUACCCUUGGAAUCAUAUCAGAAUUUAUCUAGAAUAAUCCAUGCUAAGGACAUUUUUUUUCUUCUCUAUCUACUUGUGUGGUCGUAUAUAUACCUUUCUCUGGAGCAACGGAGCAUCGUGCUCAUCCUUCUUAUACUAUACAUCGAAUUGUUCAUGUUUCAAAUGGAUAUGCUAUAUAUAAAUUGUGUUUGUAUAUUAAAAGCUUGUUUCAAGCAAAUCAACGACAAUCUAGUGAAUGUGCAAGAAGUUUUAACAAAUGGUGAGCCAUAUCUUCUGAUUGGGGCUUCUCGUAAUCAAAGAAAUCCUUUCCUACUGAUGAAGAUCACAGCUCUGAAAAAGCAGCAUCUAUCAAUCAGUGACACUGUACGGAUGCUGAAAAUGGUCUUCAGUUUGCAACUUGUUUCUACGAUACUUUUGACUUUCACUCAUAUCACCUUCAAUAUGUACUUUUAUUUCAUAGUGAUAAUACAAAAUAGUGUGUCCAUGACCGAUGUAGAAAAGCAAGUGUUUUACGAGUACGUUAUUACAUCUAUAGUGUAUUACGUUAUUAAAGUAGCGUUGAUAGUAUGGGCAUGCGAAACCUGCAAGAAUCAAGCAAUAGAGAUCACCAGCACCAUUUACAACGUGUUCAACAGUACCAACAAUAAGCAAAUAAAAUACGAGGUAGAUUGAAAGAAAUUAUGACUUUGGCGGCAUAUUUUACGUAUUUUUCAGAUUAUGUCUCACGAAUGCUAAUUCAGUUUGCAAUAC